CGAACCUCAAUCGUUGUCUGCCGACGAAAGGACUUCGCGAUGAAGUAAAUAAACAGAAAAUAAAAUGAAUACUAUUGAGAAGAAGCUAGCGGACUUGAUACGUGAACACCCGAAUUUAUAUGACCAAUCACGGCGGGACUACAAAGACAAUCUGAAGGGACAUUUGUCGUGGAGAGACAUCGCAGACGACAUGGGAAAGUCGGAGGAGGAGGUGAAAUUGAAAUGGAAAAAUCUACGCGACAAGUUCUGUAAGGCGAAGAAGCGAAUGGCCAAGAGAAGCUUCCCUCUGCUGACAGGCGACGAGAACCUGGUGGAGAGGCCCGUCCCGGUGCUGUACCACCAGCUAGCCUGGCUCAGCGCCUACGUCAAACCCAGAGUAGAAACUGGCAAGGGAGAGACCGACGAGGUAGCUGUAAGUGGUGAGGAUGUGGAGAAAGAGCGAGAUAAAGAUGAGAAGGAGCAACAAUGUCCCCUGCCUGUCGUUAGUACUAGCUUUUCUCUUGUGGAGUCCUGUCCAAACAAUCAUCAGGAGAUGGGAGUCUCUCUUAAACGUAAAAGGCAAACCACCACAGAAACUGAGAUAAGCUCUGCAGAUGCCCUGACCAACCUCAGAGAUGAAGAUGAACUGUUUCUGCUCAGCCUCCUGCCUUCACUGAAGAGGCUUACCAUUAAAAAAAGAAUGGAGGUACGGAUGAAAUUCCAGCAAGUGCUUUAUGCUGCAGAGUUUGAGGACUAAAGGACUCAUUAAAAGGCAGUACAAAUUGUAUGAUCAGUGUUAGUUGCUUUUGGAAUAAUUAUAAUUCUUCAAGCAUUCAAUCCUGUAAACAGAUUUUUUUUAAAACCAUUAUAACUUUAAUAUUUAUUUUUGGAUCGCCACUGCUAUUAUAUAUGUCUCUAAUUCAGUGUUGUCAGAGUUGUCCGUGUAUCAAAAGCUUAAUCUAUCGUUUUGAAAACAGAGAACAGAAAAAUAUCUCUCAUUUUGAAUGUAGGUGAUGGAGCCACCCUUUUUUUACUAGUUAAUAAAUUAAAUAAGUGAACAAAUUAGGUACAUGUGUACAGUAAAAUCUAAUGAAAUCAAAUACAACAGCCCAUUUUGUCCACACCCAUUUAUGUAAUUGGGCCUUGCGCUGGGCAAAAUGGUGUGCAAGUUAACCUGGUAACUCAGAGUGAUGAAAAAUCUGAAUAUUAGUUUCGACCCAUUGCGGAUUAACUUUUCUUUUGAAAAUAUCUAAAGACAGAAUACACAAAUGCCACAAUUACACAAUAUUAUAACUACUUACACAGGUAAACCCUGUUAAACAGUACCAGCUCACAUUACCAUACAGUAUAUAUAAUAACAAAAUAAAUUCCAGACAUUUUGAAAUAACUGCAAAUAUAGUUAUUAUAUUUAACCUUGUAGCUACAAUGGUGAAAGUGAGGAAACAGUCGUCGGCGCUGCCUGCUUCUCUUCAAAUGAUUUUUGUAGAUAAGACAUAGCUCUCUAACUGUACGUAAAUAUAUCUCCUUUCUCUUUC